CCUUUUCUUCACCGCUUUGAGAUACACUGUCGUACACACGAAGAGAGAGACAGACACAGGAGAAAAUUUUGUGGAAAGAGCUUCUUAUGGCGGCGGCGGCGGCGAGGAGCGCUUUGCUAAACCACCUCAGGCUGAGGGUGCACGUUCAGGCCGUGCCUCGAAACCCUAGUUACACGCUCUCCUUCAACGCGAUACGGCGCCGUUUCCUCUCCGAGGAGGUCCGGGGCUCCUUCCUCGACAAAUCCGAGGUCGCCGAUCGGGUCAUCUCCGUCGUCAAGAACUUCCAGAAGGUCGAUCCUUCCAAGGUCUCACCAAAUGCCCAUUUUCAAAAUGAUCUUGGGUUAGAUAGUUUAGAUGCCGUGGAGAUCGUGAUGGCACUUGAAGAAGAGUUUGGGUUUGAGAUCCCUGAUAAUGAAGCAGACAAGAUCAACUCCAUCAACCUUGCUGUUGACUUCAUUGCUUCUCACCCUCAGGCAAAGUAGAUGGAAACUACUGGGCCUCCAAAUUUUCAUGUUUAUUAUGAGGAUUUAGCUAUCAGUAGAAAUCUUGAACAUUUGAACAUUUGAACCUUCUAUUUCUUUAUUUUCAUUCUCGAAAUGCUAUUUGGUUUUCCAGCUCUUUUGAAUCCUCUCUUUAAAGAGUUUUGAGCAUUUGCAAACUGUAAUGCUGUUUCUUUAACAGAUGUUUCAUUUCAAUAAAAAUGAUUUGGUUACUGUCUAA